CGAAAACAAAUUGCAUGGGUGGGGAUACAUAUCCACAUAGUGUACGGCUCCCUCUAUAUUAUAUAUACAUCAAAGCCGAGGAUUUGAGAGUACUCGGAAACACGCAGAGAGGUAGAGAGUAAAAAUGACGGAAUCGAAGGAAUCGAAAUUCAAGAGGUUGUGCGUGUUCUGCGGGAGCAGCCCCGGGAAGAAGAGCAGCUACAAGGACGCCGCGGUCGAGCUCGGGAAAGAACUCGUUGCGAGGAACAUCGACCUCGUGUACGGAGGAGGAAGCAUCGGUCUUAUGGGUUUGGUCUCUCGAGCCGUUCAUGACGGGGGUCGACAUGUCCUUGGGAUCAUCCCAAAGAGUCUUAUGCCCCGCGAGUUAACCGGAGAGCCGGUCGGAGAAGUGAAGCCGGUCACGAGCAUGCACCAGAGGAAAGCAGAGAUGGCUAAACAAGCCGAUGCCUUCAUCGCUUUACCCGGUGGCUACGGGACUCUCGAAGAACUUCUCGAGGUGAUCACCUGGGCUCAGCUCGGCAUUCAUGCUAAGCCGGUGGGCUUAUUGAACGUAGACGGGUACUACAACUCUUUGCUAUCUUUCAUCGAUGAAGCAGUAGAGGAAGGUUUCAUCGGACCCAAUGAUCGCAGUAUCAUUGUUGCGGCGCCUUCCGCCAAGGAAUUGGUUAACAAAAUGGAGGAGUAUAGCCGUUGCGAUGAGGUUGAAGGAGUAGCACUAAAACUAAGUUGGGAGAUCGACGGCCCCAGCCACCUAGCAGGAAAAUGAUGAUGGAAGAUUAAGGGCAUAUUUGAACAGAGGAAUAAAGAAAGAGGUCCAAAUCAUAAGAUAAAAGAAAGAAAGAAAAUUUACACCACAGUCCGAUUUGUUUUCUUUUCCUUUUCCCCCACAAGACAUCAGAUUUGAGUAUCAGAUAACAUUGAUUAUCGCCUUUGUUUCUGAUUACUGAUUCGAUUGCAUCCAAUAAAUUAGCAGCCUUCUUUUCCUGAGUUAUA